AUGACAAAACAGGAAAGAUUAAUAAGUGAAAUAAUUGCUGUACAUGAUCAGAAUCUUGAAUCGAUUAUAAAUAAAUCUGAUUAUGCAAAAAAUUUAUUAUUACAAUCAUUAUUUGAUCGACAAAUUCAAGAAUAUAUUCAUUUAAAUUAUAACAUACCAAUUGAAAUCUAUGAUAAAUAUAUGUAUCGAUUAAAUUCAUUGAUUAUUCAUAAUCCAAAUGAUUUUGAUAAAUAUAAAAAUUUGUUAGAUAAAAAUCGUUUUAUAUCUGAAAUAGAGUAUAAUCAAUUUUUAUUAUUUUUUUUCUCAAAUUUUUUAUAUUUAAAAUGA